UGCGCUCGUCUUUCUUCCUGUCUUUCUGCCGUCCCUCUUCUUCCUCUCCUUCCUCUUCUUCCUCUUCUCUUCUCCUUCGACUCUCUUCACUUUCUCACCCUCCUUGCAGUCCUUCUCUAAUCUCCCGUUCGCAUCUUUUCCGUGCUCUCCAAUCCGUCACCAUGAGCGAUAUCACUCACCCCACUAUCAAGGAUGGCUGGUUCUCCGAGCAGUCCAACAUGUGGCCUGGUCAAGCCAUGAACCUCAAGGUCAACCAGAUCCUCCACCACGAGAAGUCCAAGUACCAGGACGUUCUUGUCUUCGAGAGCAGCGACUAUGGCACUGUCCUCGUUCUCGACAACGUCAUCCAGUGCACCGAGCGCGAUGAGUUCUCCUACCAGGAGAUGAUCACCCACCUUGCCAUGAACUCUCACCCCAACCCCAAGAAGGUCCUCGUUAUUGGCGGUGGUGACGGCGGUGUCCUCCGUGAGGUUGUCAAGCACGAGACGGUCGAGGAGGCCAUUCUGUGCGACAUUGACGAGGCUGUCAUCCGUGUCUCCAAGAAGUACCUUCCUGGCAUGAGCAUCGGCUUCCAGCACCCCAACGUCAAGGUCCACGUUGGCGAUGGCUUCGAGUUCCUCAAGCAGCGCCAGAACGAGUUCGACGUUAUCAUCACCGACAGCUCCGAUCCCGAGGGUCCCGCCGAGAGCCUCUUCCAGAAGCCUUACUUCGAGCUCUUGCGCGAUGCGCUGCGCGAGGGAGGUGUAAUCACCACACAAGCCGAGAACCAGUGGCUCCACCUUUCCCUGAUCACCGACCUCAAGAAGGCCUGCAAGGAGGUCUUCCCCGUCGCUGAAUACGCCUACACCACCAUCCCCACCUACCCCUCCGGUCAGAUCGGCUUCAUGGUCUGCUGCAAGGAUGCUACCCGCAACGUCAAGGAGCCCGUUCGCUCCUGGACCCGUGAGGAGGAGGAGCGUCUCUGCCGCUACUACAACCAGGAUAUCCACCGUGCCAGCUUCAUCCUGCCCAACUUUGCUCGCAAGGCCCUCAACUAGAUUACUUAAACUUUUGUGUUAUUCUUCUCUCUGGUUUUGGGAUCUGGCCUCCGGUCUGAGGCGCCUAUGGCGGAUGAUAAUCGAUGAUGAUCUGACG